AUGUAUCGUUAUACUCUCAUCGCCGCAUUCGCGACUCUCGCAGCCAUCCAGCCGUCGAGUUCGAGCGAUGUCUCGCCUGCUAGUCUCGGCGCGACAAGCAAGCAGCCAGAUUUCGGUGUUCUCAAUGGCGGAGGUCUCUAUAAACGAGAGGACGACAAUGUCAUCGGCAACACCGGAGAUUCCAAUGGCGCAGGGAACUCGGCUCAGCAGGGCACCGCCAAUGGUGACCACAGUCUCUACGGUGUAGCAAAUCUCAAUUCGCCCUUGCUUGCAUAUAAGCAGCCAGGCGCUAAAAGCUCUCAUGAGCACAGUCAUGCAGAAGGCGCGACCGCCUAUAAGUGCAAGCGCGGCGGUGAUGAUGUUUCGUGCAAUACCGGCUCGAGCAAUGGCGUGGGUAAUUCUGCUCAGCAGGGCUUCGCGAACGGUGACAGUAGUCAAUAUGGCGUCUUGAACGCUAAUGCACCCCUGCUCGAGUAUGAUGCGCCCAAGUCGUCCGUUUUCACCAAAUGCAAGCGCGGUCAAUCGGGUGCCGAAUGCCAUCACAAACGUCAAAUGGACCUAUUUACUACCAGCAAGACGCUGCUUCCCGGAUCGAAAGCGUCGGACCAGCGAGAUUCGAGCAAUGCAGUCGGUAGCUCGCAUCAACAGGGCACAUUCGAAGGCAAAGACUCUGGUGAUCCUCUCAGUCUUCUCACGGCUGGAGAUGGUAGCGCAAGCACUGCUGACACCAAGAAGAAUCACCUGCAUCACCGUCGACCGCUCAAUUGCAAGCGCGAUGGCAAUUGCGUAAAUGACAACUCAGGCGAUAGCACGGGCGUUGGCAAUUCGGCCCAGCAAGGCACGUUCACGGGUGACAACUCACCCAUCGGUGUCAUCAAUGCCAAGAAAUCCGUCUUGCGCCGUGCAACUGACGUCGAAGCACCCGCCGGUCUCGCGAACAAAGACGAUCACGAAUACUCAAUUCUUCAGCUGUAG